AAUCUUCACAUGUUGACAGAUCUACAUUCACUGAUGAUUAUGAUCUCAAUGUUAAAUUAUUGAUUGAGAACUUGAAGAACAUGAUAAUAAAGAAAUUGUCUGUGUUAUGUAUGACUGAGUCUUCUGUGUCUUUCUCUAUCUUCUCUAUUUCUUUCUCUGCUACUCUCUCUCAAUCUUCUACAUCUGUCUCUGUGUCUGAUUCUGCUGCUUCUGCUACCUCUGUCUCUGUGUCUGAUUCUCUCACUUCUGCUAUCUCUGCUCUCUCUGAUUCUGCUGUCUCUGCUUUCAUUAUCAGCUCUCCCUAUUUCAAGAAGAUAUUAUAUAGACUUAAUGAAUUAUAUUUCUCAGUAAUCACUCUCUCUCUUAACAGUAUAAAGAAUAUCUGUGUUUUCAGAAACAGAAAUAUGAAUGUUAUACUCUUUUACACUCACAGAUGUGAGACUUGUACACCUUAUCUGAGAUAUCAUU